AUGCUGUUGCUGCUGCUACUGCAGGUGUUGGUGAGCUGCCUCUGGCUGGGACACGGUGAGCUGGUGGCAUCCUUUGAAAGUUCAUGCCCUCAGUUUUUCUUCCGUGAAACUCCCCCAAACGAAGCCCUGGCGCCAGAGAGCCCAGCCUGGAUCUGCCAGCGCUAUAAGAACCAGUAUUACUUCGCCACCCUGUACGACAGGAGGAGGCGUAUUCCUGUCUACUCUGCUUAUCUCUACCAGCCUGGACCUGGCAAGAGACCAAAGACAUGGCUGGUUGAGCCCCAGCUGAUGGGUUCAGUUUAUCCCAAAACUAUGGAAAAGGAGUGGACCCUCUUAAAGUAUUACAACGUCAGCUUAGAGCAACUCAGCAAGAGCCAGGCUGUCCUCCAAGACUACAAGAAUCUGACAGGUUUGAACCGUGGCCAUUUGAACCCCAAUGGCCAUCAUCAUGACUUCAGCAGCAGGAUGUCUACCUUCACCCUCACCAACAUAGUGCCCCAGGAUGAGAAACUCAACGGUGGUGCCUGGAACAACUACGAGCAGCAAACGAUGAUCAGAAGGACCCAGGGGUGUAACACCACCUAUGUGGUCGUGGGUGCUGUGCCUGGGAACAGCUAUAUUGCCAAGGGGAGGGUUAAUAAACCCAGCCACAUCUGGUCAAGUGCCUGCUGUGAGGUGGACAGCAACCACAGGAAGGCUUGGGGGGUCAUUGCUGAGAAUGACAAGAAUGAGGUCCAGCUCCUCACGUUAGGGGAGCUGGAGGAUAUGUUGACUGAGCUCUAUGGGAGGGACCAGGUUUCUCUGUUUGACAGUGACUGUCCCCGGGAAUAA